CGGAUCCGGACCCGUCCUCUGACCGCCUCACCUCUGCGGGAGUCCGGAACCGUCCAGGUGAGACUGAUCCCAGGUGAGACUGAUCCCAGGCCGCGCCGCAGUGAUGUCAUCGCUCCUCCUCUUCCUCCUGCCCGUCCUCAUCCUCGGCCGGGCCUCCACCCUGGACUUUCGUUACCAUGACAACCGCCAGAUCGAGCAGUACCUCGUCCAGAUCAGGGACUCCAACCCCGACAUCACUCACCUGUACAGCAUCGGCCAGUCGGUCAGAGGUCAGCAGCUGUGGGCUUUGGCUCUCAGUCUCACUCCUCAACGUCACACCGUCGGCAUCCCCGAGUUCAAAUAUGUGGCUAACAUGCAUGGAAAUGAGGUUCUUGGCCGGGUGCUGCUGCUUCAGCUAAUCGACGACCUGGUGCGAGGUUACCGCAACAACGAAACGUGGUCGUUGCAGUUACUGAAAAGCACCCGCAUCCACAUCCUGCCCACGAUGAACCCCGACGGCUUCAACGCGGCCAACACGGACUGCGUGUACAGCCAGGGCAGGUUCAACUAUAACGGCGUCGACCUGAACAGGAACUUCCCCGAUGCCUUCGCUGGUCUCCGGAGACAAGAGCAGCUGGAGGAGGAGAAGAGGGAGGCCGAGGUCAGGGCUGUGAUUGGCUGGUUGAGGACCGAGAGUUUCGUUCUCUCUGCAAACCUUCACGGAGGAGCGCUGGUGGCCAGUUAUCCCUAUGACAACAGCAACAGAGACGGCGAGCUGGUGGGCGGGGCCAGCGUCACGCCCGACAACGACGUGUUCGUUCACCUGUCCAAGGUGUACUCCCACAGCCACGCCUCCAUGCACCGGGGCAACAUCUGCGGCGACACCAGGCCGUUCCUGGACGGCGUCACCAACGGAUUCCAGUGGUAUCCUCUGCAAGGUGGGAUGCAGGACUAUAACUACGUGUGGGCUCAGUGUUUGGAGUUGACUCUGGAAGUUUCCUGCUGCAAGUUUCCUCCAGAGAAUCAACUUCCUGUUCUGUGGACGGAGAACAGGAAGUCUCUGCUGGCCUUCAUCCAGCAGGUCCACCUGGGGGUCAAAGGUCGUGUGUUCAACGGCUCCGGAGUGCCGGUCCAGAACGCGGUGGUGGAGGUCGAAGGUCGCAGGAAUAUGUGUCCGUUCAGAACCGACCGACACGGAGAAUAUUACAGACUGCUGCUGCCUGGAAACUACAGCUUCACAGUGACGUACCCGGGUCACGAGGUUCUGACGGAGACACUAAACGUCCCACAUGGUCCCGAUCAAUACUCCGCCUUAAAACACGACUUCAUGUUACGCCAAAUCCCCACUACGACUGGUCGCACCUCCUCUUACCCCACCUCGGCUAGCCUCACCCCUACCUGUAACUACACUCUAAAACUGGAGGGGGGCGGAGCCAUCUUCAGGCCGACGUGGACCGGGCUGAGUGCGGGGCUCGGGUUGGUGACGGCACUACGAUACCUGAUCGACUGAAGCGGCCCGGUCGUAGGUUUGAACCCUCAACCUGCAAGAAAACAAACAAAGAACAGAAACUGGUUUUCCUCCAGAAGAUUCUGAAGUUUCAGAUUUUUUUUUCUAUUGUUCCUCGGUGGAGAUUCACUCAUAAAGUUUUGCACAGUCAUAUUUAAUUGCAGCGGUUUUAGUGAAAUAAUUUAUUUGACCGUCUCUUUUAUUAUCUCUACCGGGAGGAUCAUGCGCUUGUUUGCAUGUGUAUGUACGUGACUGAGUGAGUGAGUGAGUGACCUCUGUGUCUGUCCAUGGCUAAUCUCGCAUUCUGCUGCAGCAAACUGCAUAAUAUUCCUGGUGGUCAGUUAUGACUGAAUACUCAAGGACCUCUCGUGGUUGCAGUUACUAACACUUUCUCAAAACACCUGUUUGAUACUACCAUUGACUACUUGCUGACUUCUCACUCACUACUCUUAACCCCACUAGGGUUAACACUGCUGAGUUCUACGCUGACCCCAAGCGGCUCCUCUGGGCCUAAAGUAGGGGGAAAACAGCUUGUUCACUGUUAUUGUUUUGGACAGUGUGUUUAAACCGCUAACAGCUAAUAGAACUACCAGAUCACACACUGCUGAGUACCUCACAGCCACUGCUCUGUUGCCCACUUUUAGUAAUUGGGACAGUGGGUUUGGCUAACUGCUAACAGUUAACAGAAUUGCCAGUACACACACUGCUGAGUACCUCAUGUCCAAUGUUCUGCGGCUCACUUUUAUUGUUUUGGACUGUUUGUUUGGCUAACCGCUAACAUAACUACCAGGAGACUUACUGCUGAGUACCUCACAGCCACCGUUCUGCGGCUCACUUUUAUUGUUUUGGACUGUUUGUUUGGCUAACCGCUAACAUAACUACCAGUUCCCUCACUGCUGAGUACCUCACGGCUACUCAGCUUCUGUAACGCAACAGACGGAUUGAUACGUUUCGUUUUGAUUUUGGCAAGAUCUUAUGACGUGCCUGAUACAACAGCUUCAAGCCGAUUGCCUUCAUACAUCACUGCUUGUUAUUUAGUUUAAAUUAAGUGUUUUUUACGAUGCAUUACAGCCCAUUGGUGUCUAGACGGGGGUUAGCCAAUUGUUGGUUGUAUUCAUGUUUCAGGCACACCUGGAGAUCCGCACUCUGCUGAGUUCACCUUUCUAGUUAAUGGAGUAAUGAACCACUGAAAAGCUAAACAUGCGAGAACUUUGUUUUUCAUGAGCGCAAUUGGGGGUUUUUAAAAACAAUCCAGCCCCAUCCUGAGAUAAGGAGGAGCCCCAUAACUAAAGGAUUUAAGGGAAAAGAUAAAGAAAGACGUCAGGAGGUUAAUAGCUUAACUACACCACCACUUUUCUGCAUUACGGAGACGAGUUCUCCACAUGAAUAUACAGGUUUUAUCUGGGAGUUCUUUGUAUUUAAAUGGAUAACAGAAGGGGAAACUACUGCCUGAGGAUUUUUGUCUUCUCUGCAUUUUAAGAGCAUAGGUAGUGAUAAGGCUCAUUAAGUAAAGUGGAGCUCGACCGUGUAAUUUUAUAUGUGAGGAGCAGCACUUUAAAAUUAGCACUUGCAGGGAGUGUUUUUAGAGAUGGUAGUAUUUAAAACCAGAGGGCGUUGAAAUGAAGCGAUUCCUGGUGACGCCACAUUAAGCGUCUAUCUGAACUCGAUGAGGUGCGUUUGAUUCAUCGUCAGAUAUGUUCAUACCAGUGAUAUAUUUGGUGGGUUUAACCAUCCCAUACAUUUAUACAGGACAGUUUAGUCCAGUGGUCCCCAAUCCGCCCCCAACAAGAUAUGUAAUAGGAAAUAAAAUCACAUUUCUGCCACGCAAAAUAUCACUUUUCUCUUAAUGUUACUUGCUUUAUUGUGAAAUAUUAUCUUGACUUUGAUCUCCAUUGUAAAUAAUGUUAUAUAAAUCUUAUAAGUCACUGCAGAACUUGCCUUAGAAUCUUCAUGUUUUUAAAGUAAUUCAGUGAUAGCUGUCUGUUCAUCAAUGAGUUCACUGCAAACAGGAGCUUCUUAUAGAUCAUUAUGCUUACUUAUAACCACCAAUUUGUCAAAAUGUUAAGAAAUAUAGGCAAAAAACAAUGUUUGUAGCCUAUGAUUAACUAACUGACUCCAUGGCAACAUUAUGCUUCCUGUUUAUCUCCCGAAAGUAUUAUGGUAACUGUAGUUUCCGAAUUUAGUGCGUCAUUAUCCCCAAAAUAGAAAUUAGACAAAAUUCCAUUAAAACAAACUUGUUUUGUGUUUUAUUAUCAAUAUUUUUUCAAAUAUCAAAGUCUCUUAUUUGCAGCCAAAAAGGUUGUGAACCACUGAUUUAAACGCAAAAAACAGGACAACCUGCUGACUGGGAAUCAAACCUGUGACCUCCAUCUGUCUGGGGAGGAAGCUGACCCAUGAGCUCAUGCAGUAUCUGUACACGGUAUAUAUUUAUAUGCAGUAAAUCAGGCUCAGAGCAGCUCCAAUGACAAACAACAGGUGUGACGCUUGUUUUAACGCGGGGUCAGUGAACUCGUCCUUCGACCUUCUGUUUUUUUUUUCAUCAUUCUAACUUUUAUUUUUGCCAAAUAUCUUCAACUGUUUUUCUACUUUUGUACUGUGUGAUAUUAAAUAUUGCUCAGUAACAGAAUCCUCGGUGCCAUCGUGUUGUGACUGCGGUGACUGCAGGAUUCGGUCACACCUGAACCUCCAGACCUCAUGAAUGUUUUCUACAUUUCUGUUUCACGUUUCAUUACGCUGUUAAAAAAAACACCACAGUGGAUCCACUCACGGAAUCCUACUGGACCUGAAGCAAACUGAUGUUAGACUGGUUCUCAAAGGAAACUUCACAUUAAAAG